AUGACGAACCCAUACGAAGCGGACCCAGAAAAGAUCCCUCCGACCGACUUGUACGCGGAUGUGCCCUUUUACGGUCGAUACUGUCCGAAACCUGAUGACUUCCGCGUUGAUUUUCAGCAUGUCAACUCCCAGACUGCCGACUCUUUGAGAUACUGGACCGUGGUCCUCAGCCUCUGCACUGAAGACAUCCGAAUCUACCCCGCUGAUGAAGGGGGUCGCGACGUUUUUGCUCUCGGUAGCGUGAUCGUGAAGUCCAGCCAUCUCCGUACACGCGAGGGUGCUCCAUGUACUGAGAUCGACUACACAUACGCCGAUGCCAAUGAGGCUCAGGCGAUUGCUCUAGCAAAGACCGUGCUGAAAGAUGUCAAAGUUCCAGAAAUUUACUUUUCCGACAAGAUCAAUGGCCGCCAAGUGCUCAUCCAAGAAAGACUUCCAGGGGUGGGAUUGUGUGUCGCCUGGCCGUACCUCUCCGAAGACCAGAGAAAGUCCUACAAAGAACAGGCUAGGAGGAUACUCCAGCAGCUUCACACUAUCAAGCCCACGGAGAAACUGCAAGUCGCUCUCACGCCGUACCGGACCCCAACAUACUCAGUAACGGCCGUCUCAAUCCGCUAG